AUGGGGACAUUCAGCCCGAGGGAAAUGUGGUUUCCCAUUUUCUGCUUUUCAAUUCCUCAGGAGACCUUAAGUAGUUAAUUUCCAAAAAAAAAAAAAAAAAAAGGGAAGAUGAAAAAUGAAAAGGGAAGAGUGGGGGGGGGGGGGUUGUAAAUAAAUAAAAAGCGACUGUCUCUUUAAGAAAAAAAAAAUAGAAAGGGAGGGUCCCCUUUGCCCUCCAGAAUCCAGGAAGAGAGCUGAUCUGCUGGCUAGCCGCAGCUCCUGCCGCUGCUUGACUGCAUACGGGGCCUUGGAGAGCAGGCUGUAACCGCCAGGGCCAGCGAGGACAGUGAGAGCAGGAGUCGGCCACCGCGACAGCGGAUCGGCAAACCACAGGUCGGCACAAGUACAGGCUGGCGCACAACGGGACGGAGGUGGCAGCGUCUGUGAAGGGCUGUACACCGGCAGGCUGGUGGAAGAUGUCUUCCGGGGGCAGUGGGGGGGCCUCGGCGUCAGAUGGGCCCAUUGGGGUCCCCUUCCCUGACCACAGCAGUGAGGUACUGGGAGGUCUGAAUGAGCAGCGCCAAGGAGGAGUUUUGUGUGACGUGCUCAUUAUCGUCCAGGGGCAGGAGUUCCCGGCUCACCGCUCGGUCCUGGCAGCCUGCAGCCCCUACUUCCACAAGCUCUUUACCUCGGGCGCAGUGGCUGAUCGUCAGAGCGUCUAUCACAUCGAUUUUAUUUCAGCAGAGGCGCUUGCUGCCCUCCUGGAGUUUGCCUACACGGCCACUCUCACCGUGAGCACCUGCAGCAUUCGGGACAUCUUGAGUGCCGCUCGCCUGCUGGAGAUCCAGGCUGUCGGUGAUGUGUGCAGCCACCUGCUGGAAUCGGACGUCCUCAAGCAACAGGAAAGGAUGGACUCCAAGCAAGAGGACCAACAGGGACGCAAAGAGCUGGCUGACCUAGUUGACCAGGGGAACCAGCUCAGAGCCCAGGAGUUCCUGGAGUUCUUCCAGAGCCACAGCUCGCACUUUAGUAGUAGCUGCAGUACCCCUGACCUCAGGGAUCUCCAGCCGCACCAGCACUUGAGCCAGCGCAAUGGAGGAGAGGGGCUGCCAUAUGAGACGAAUGGGACUGCUACUCAAGAAUACUACUCUUCUCUGGCACUGGCACUAGCUCAGCCACCCUCUCAUUACCCAGUGAGGGAUGGAGAUGAGGAGGACAAUGAGGAGGAGGAGGAUGAGGAAGAGGUAAAGCUCAGGAGGUACCCAUUUCCCUGGGUGCAAGGAGCAGAGGGUGAACCCAGAGGCCAGGCUCCUCUUGCUUCCUCCUCCUCACAGAAUGGACAUUAUAGCUUAGCAGAGGAGAGGGGCAAUCUGUCUGCAAGUGCACUGCUCCAGCAGAUGAUGGAUUCUUUUGAACGGCAGAAAGAGCUGGAGGCUGCAGGCGAGGAGGUGGACGGCGAGGAGCAUGAUGUGGAAUUUUACCUGAAUUACUUUAACAGCGGGCGGCAUGAUGAUUUAGUGGGCGAGGAUCUGCCAGCCUGGACGCCACAUGGUGGCGACACAACAGGGAGCCUGGGUGUCAAGAAGAUGCGCUCCAAAGCAUUCCAGAAGUGUCCCAUCUGUUCCAAGGUUAUCCAGGGAGCAGGAAAGCUGCCUCGACACAUUCGCACACAUACGGGCGAGAAGCCAUACGAGUGCGACAUCUGCAGUGUGCGCUUCACCAGGCAGGACAAACUAAAGGUGCACAUGCGGAAACACACAGGUGAGAAGCCAUACUUGUGCACGCAGUGCGGAGCUGCAUUUGCACACAACUACGACCUGAAGAAUCACAUGCGUGUGCACACCGGGCUGCGUCCCUACCAGUGCUCCAGCUGCUUCAAGACGUUUGUCCGGUCGGACCACCUCCAUCGACAUCUCAAGAAGGACGGCUGUAAUGGCAUUCCAUCCCGGCGUGGGCGCAAGCCCAGAGUGCGAGAUCCCAUGCCUCCGCCAGAGCUGCCCCAGGUGAAGGGUAUUAGUGAGGGCGCUACCACACCUAGCACACUUCCACCACCUCGCCAGAGGAAGAGAGUUGCAAAGGAGACUGCAAGUGAAGAGGCAAGUGGUUGUACCAGUGCAGCAGAGGAAGAGAGCUUGCUGGGAAAAUAGCAUAUGAGGAGGAGUGGGGGGUACAGGAUCCCAAGACAGACUGCACCCCAAUAGGCAGCCACUUAUUCCAACUGGUAAAACAAAAAAAAAAACUGAAA